AAAAAAGGAAAAAAAAAAAGAAAAAAAAGAAAACUCUUCCUAAAGAUUUCUCUCGGGCGCUUCUCGUCGAUUCCUAGAGCGGUUCGGGCGACAAAAUCGCACUCGGGAAAGAAACCCUACAUUGUGAUCCCCGGAAAGGCUUGAACUCCCGAGUGUUACUUUUUCAUGGAAUUAGAAGAUGGGAAAACCCUAGGUCGACGUCGAGAAUAAUGUUGGUUGGAAAAUUGGAGUAUUAAGCUGCUUGCAUAAACUUUGCCACUCUUUCUUUUCUUGGAGUGUGGAUCUCUCCAAAAGUUGUUCCACGGCAUACUCAUAUUAGACUAACUUUGUCAAGUGGUAUUGUUUAGCUUUAUAUAUCAGCAUACCAUUUCAAGACAAAUAUAUAAGGAAAAGGAAGGGAAGUGCUCGUCUUUUUUGUUGCAAUACAUACUAAAAGUUAGCAGUAUAUUAGGAAUUUGGCUUGGAGAAUGCAUUAUCUGUCUCAAAGAUAGUUCUGACACUAUGAUAUGGAAGGGAACUCUGUGUCUGUUGUUGCUUCUUCUUGUUCGGGCCGUGUCUUCAAGCCGACCAGAGAAAAUGCUGACUAUCAACUUGAGUGGAGGGGCAAACUUGCUUCCCAGCUGGCCAAUUUUGAGUGCAGGUGCAUUCGUGGUUAUUGCACUUGUGCUGUCCUUCUACCUUAUUUUUGAGCACCUUGCUAUUUAUAAUCAGCCUGAGGAGCAGAAAUUUUUGAUUGGUCUCAUUCUAAUGGUUCCUGUAUAUGCAGUUGAGUCGUUCUUAUCAUUGUUGAAUUCAGAAGUUGCAUUCAUCUGCGAAAUAAUGCGGGACUGUUAUGAGGCAUUUGCUAUGUAUUGCUUCGAGAGAUAUCUGAUAGCAUGUUUAGGUGGUGAAGAAAGAACAAUUAGACUCAUGGAGACUCAAGCUCAAAUCAGUUCUAGCACAGCACUUUUGGAACUUGAAUAUUUUGAUGGAGUUGUAAAACAUCCAUUUCCACUGAAUUGCUUCUUGAAGCACUGGUAUCUUGGUUCUGACUUCUAUUAUGCUGUAAAGAUUGGAAUCGUCCAAUAUAUGAUACUGAAGACAAUUUGUGCUUUAUUAGCAAUCCUUUUAGAACUUUUUGGGGUAUAUGGAGAAGGGAAGUUUCAAUGGAGAUAUGGUUAUCCAUAUCUAGCAGUUGUUCUGAAUUUUAGUCAGACAUGGGCCUUGUACUGCCUUAUACAGUUCUAUUCUGUGACUAAGGAGAAGCUGGAGCCUAUUAAGCCGCUGGCUAAAUUCCUUGUGUUUAAGUCCAUUGUAUUUUUAACUUGGUGGCAAGGUGUUGCUGUUAACUUUCUUUUCUCUACUGGAGCCUUUAAAGGCCAUCUGGCCCAAGAGUUGAAGACACGAAUCCAAGAUUAUAUAAUAUGCAUUGAGAUGGGGGUUGCUGCAGUGGUGCACUUACAUGUAUUUCCAGCUAAACCUUAUCAACGUGGAGAAAGAUGUUUUCGUAAUGUUUCUGUGAUGGCUGAUUAUGCAUCACUGGGAUCACCUCUAGAUCCUGAAGAGGUUAGAGAAAGUGGAAGGUUAACAAGGAUGCGAAUUGGUCGUCCUGAUGAUGGGGAAAAGCGGUUGAGUUUUCCACAAAGCGUCCGUGAUGUGGUUCUUGGAAGUGGUGAAAUUGUGGUUGAUGAUGUGAAGUUUACCGUUUCACAUGUGGUGGAACCAGUGGAGCGUGGUCUUGCAAAGAUAAAUGAAACAUGGCAUCAGAUAUCAGAAAAUGUGAAGCAGCAGCAUGAAAAGCAAAGAAGAAAAGCAAAGGAUGAUAGCUAUCUUGUCCCUAUGCAUUCGCGGACAAAUGAAUUUUCUGAUCUGCAUGAUUAUUUUCCUGAAGGAAGCUCCAGCGAUAGUGGAUUGACAAGGAAAAGACACAAAGUAAAUACAAACUUUGCAGCUUCACAGGCCAGGAAAUCAGAUGCUUCUUCUGACCGUGCGUCAUUUGAGUUCGGCGGUACCAGAUGGUCUUAAGGUGGCUCUUUUGUGAUUACUACUACUAAGGCUGACUUCAUUACAACCACCCAGUAAGUCAUCUUUUUGCUAGCAGAGCAUCAGGCAGCCAAUGAGCAAGUAUCUCUUCUCAUUGCUUUUUACAUUGGCAGGGGAAUGACCUUUGGCGCUUGUGAAUUUCUGUGUAGAGACAAUCACGAUUGUAUUUCUUAAAUGACAGGAUUUACUUUUCUGCUUUCUAGAAAGAGCAGUGCAUGCAUGGAUUUUACACAGUUUAUGGCAGGUAGACUCCACAUCAUUGCACUUCAAUUUAAAAGAAUGAUGUUUGGCACAGCAGAUUUAAAAUCCAGAAUAUAAUAGUUGACAGCUAACAUGAUUUUUUUAUGUAUAUAGAAGCAGAAUUUUUUAUGGUGAAUUGUGUUUCUCAUGUUUCUCUA